UAUCCCUUGAUGAUUUAAACAGAUGGAGUCUACUUCUCAUUUCUCCUUUUAUUUAUACUGAUAAGUUACUUGAAGCAGAACAUAUAGCUUUUGUGACAGAAAGUAUUUCACCUCAAACAGAUAACUUGCAGAAAAUACCUGGCUGUUCAAAAGAGGUUGUGAAGUGGUCAGACUAUUGUUCACCUUUGGCCUAUAAACCUGGUGAGCCUUAUAAAUUAAUUGCUGAAGCGAGUAUAGAUAACUUCAGUAACCUUGGAAUAGCAUUCAUGGAAGACAGGCUUCAAAUGGAUAACGGAAUGGUGCCACACAAAAUUGUUUCUGUCCAUUUACAGGAAUCUGCUUUGAAGGAGUUGGAGCAGGUGGCACCAUCUGUAAAAGAAAAAAAAAGAGUAAGCAGUACACAGAUGAGUGAAAUAACUCCUCCUGCUACUUCUGGGACUACUGUUAAAUCAGGAUUAGAAAUAGCUGCAGGUCCAGGUGAUCCAGAAUUGGAAGAGGAGAAAUCUAAGCUAGAGAAAGAAAGCAAGCAUGAAGAUGAAUGCAGUAGUCUAUCUGACAGAGGGAUAGGUCCUGGAGAACAUCAUCACUUGCAUCUUUCCAGCUGUCAUGAAUGUUUGCAACUUGAAAACAGUACCAUCGAAUCAGUCAAAUUUGCCUCUGCAGAAAACAUUCCUGAACUUUCAGAUGAUUGCAGUAGCAAACUGGAAGAGAAGAAUGAUGACCAUAUAGCAAGAGAAAUAAAAAGAAUAAACCUUGCUGGAAAGCCCCCUAAUAUCUUGAUUUAUGUUGGCUCUGAAACUUCAAAAACAGAAUUUGAGCAGGUAAAAUCAGUCCUCGAGGAAUGCGUUGAUGCAGACAGCUACACAAUCUACCAACUGCGUGAGGAGCAGGUUCUGAAAGCUCCGUGGAUUGAUAACGCACUGCUGUUGGUCAUUGCCACAGAGGAGCCUAUUUCUGAGGAAAAUCACAAACAGUUUAUGAAGUUUUUAUCUAAAGGUGGGAAGAUUUUAGGAUUUUCUUCCUCUUUUACAUUUGGUGGUAUUGAAAUAAAGAGAAAGAACAAGCUGAAGAAGACUGUUCAUGAAUUAGUGGUCUCUAAACUGGACAACACUGAAAUUAAGUUAGAUAUUUUGAUCAGUGGCUGCAUUUUUGAAGAAGUAAUGAAGGAAAAUACGGGCAAAAUAAGGCCAUUGAGUCGCUUAAAUAAUGCUGAUAGAGAUAUAGUUAUUGUUCAUCUGCCUUAUGGAGACGGUGGAGGAGAAGCCAUUCUUUCUCAGGUGCACCUGGAGUUGGAUAUCAACUCCAUGGAUAUCCAAACUCAAGAUGAUUUUAAUUCACUUAAGAUGAGCAAUACUAAGAGAUAUGAACUUCUGAAGGAGAUCCUGAUAUCGCUUGGCCUGAGUUGUGAACGAAGUGAAAUUCCUGUGUUAACACCUAUUUAUCUUCUGUCUUCUGAUGAGGAAAUCCAUCUUGCUUUUCUGAAGUGGCUUGAGGAAAGUGUAGAUGCUGAAGGAUUAAUAGAAUCCAGCAAGGUAUCUCUUAAAUUUGUUUCGUCUUGUGAAUCAAAAAUGGAGAUAACUCCAUCUCUCAUGUCAGUCAUCACUGAGAUGGGAAGCUUCUCAUCGGAACGUUUCAGCCUGGAGACAUAUCAACAAAACCUGCAGACAAAGAAGCUUGGAAAGAUCCUUCUGUUCACUGAAGUUACUACAACAACAAUGAAUCUUCUAGACGGGUUGAUGUUUAAGGUGCCUGAGGAGAUGGGUUUAAUAGCGAUUGCUGUUCGACAAACACAAGGGAAAGGUCGUGGUGGAAAUGUUUGGCUCAGUCCCGUGGGCUGUGCACUAUGCACUUUACAUAUCACCAUUCCUCUACAUUCCAACUUGGGCCAGAGGAUCCCUUUCAUUCAACAUCUAGUGUCCCUGGCAGUGGUAGAAUCAGUUAGAACAAUAGCAGGAUAUGAGGAUAUUGAACUGCGAGUAAAAUGGCCAAAUGAUAUUUACUACAGUGAUCUUAUGAAGCUUGGUGGAGUUCUGGUAAACUCUACACUUGCUGAAACAACAUUUCAUGUGCUUAUUGGCUUUGGAUUUAAUGUGAAUAACAGCAACCCCACCAUAUGCAUCAAUGAUCUCAUCCUAAAAUACAAUAAAGAAGAGGGGACCCAGCUGAAGGCUUUAACUACAGACUAUCUUAUUGCAAGAACCGUAACUGUACUAGAGAGGCUAAUAGAUAUUUUUCAGGAGAAAGGGCCCAAUGGAGUUCUUCACCGUUACUACAAGUACUGGGUACACAGUGGUAAGCAAGUCCGUCUCCACAGUGAGGAGGGCCCAAUUGCGUGGAUAGUCGGGAUAGAUGAUUAUGGAUUCCUUCAAGUUCAUGAGGAAGGCAAAGGCAUACAGUCUGUGCACCCAGAUGGCAACUCUUUUGACAUGCUGAAAAACCUCAUAAUCCCAAAGCAGUCAUAGUCCUCCAAGCUGACAGUGCAAAAGAAGGCUCUUUGGUAUUUGGCCCCACACAGCUAAACUUGCGUGAAGGUGGGAAGGGUAGAUUAUGACUUGAUAUGUUUUUUUCUUCUAAUCUCUGAUAUCUCUGUUCUUUGACGUGGAUAACGUCACCACUUAAGAAAAGGUAAUUACUUCAUUGCUGAAGACCUUUAUUCUUCCAUGCUAAUUUAAAAAAAAAACAUUGAGCUUGCUGUUCUUUGUAAGCCUCUAUUCUUUAACAGGAAUCUGAUUGCAAAGGAGUACUUAGCAAUGAACAGAACUUACUGUUCAUUUACACACUGUAUUUAAGACACUGAUGUGGCUAAAUAUUUCGUUUUCAAAAGGUGUCUAUGUGUUUUUAUUGUGCUUUAGCACAAUGCAGUACAAUCUUUCAGGUUUUUUCUAUUUUUUUUUAAAGUAGAUUCCGCUUUAUGCAUUGUCCAUGGUGAACUAGAAAGAGCUCACCGUAUAUUUCUGAAUUACUGGGCUUAGCUUUCUGUGUAUUCAGAUUCAGAUCUAAGAAGAAAAACCCUUUAGAGCCUUGCAAUUUGCUUCUUCUCCAUGUGGGCCUGUUUAACAGUUUACCAUCCUGUGCUUUGAUCUCAGGUCUGCACCUCUGUCAUGGCUGUCAUAUGUGUUUGGGGAGUUUUCCAUCAGCACCUACAAACUGUGGUCAUUUACACAAAUUUAUCUGGACUGUGCUGUUCUUAGUCAGUUGGAUCUGAAUAAAUCAUGUCCCAUCUCCUCUGAACCAUAGUCUUCCAAGAGGCUUUAGCCCCCUAAGAAUUGCCCACUGGCUGUUGUAACUGGUGCAUCACUUGGUUGCAGUGCCCUUACCCAGGUUUUUGUAGGAUCCCCAGUGAGGGGUGGGAAGUCUAAUCGGUGAGAAUUCAAUAGUAAUUCUGUUGUAACAGUACUCAGGUUAAGAGAUGAAAACGAGAGAAAAUGCACUGCUGUCAGGAUCCCUGCCGUAAAAAACUACUACAGUGAAAAAGACAAAACGUGCAGUUACCUGUGUGGACGUUCCCUUCCAUUGCUACUGUUUUCACACCGUUUCCCAGAGCAGAGCAGCUGGUUGUGCUGCUGGCCAUGAGAGGCAAGAGCUUUAACUUCUCCUGACUGGAGAAGAGCCUGCUCUUUGGGCUGCUGCGCCCUUUAGGGCAGGGGUGCCAGGUUGGCCACGUGUGGAAAGCAUCACCACGUGGCCAAGCCUGAGCCUCCGCGGGACAGGGGUUUUUCUCCUGGGCCGGGUGAAUUCACACCAACACACUCGUCACCAGAGCCCUGAUUUCGCGCAGUUCUCUACAAACGAAAGGUGUGUGUCGUAGGUGUGAUGUGGCCAGCUUCAUUUGGCUUAUUACCCUUACCUUGUCCUUAGAGAGGGUGGAUCAGCCAAACUGGUCUCCACUAAACACUUGUGUCUAGUAGCCAGAAAUGGGUUGUUAGGGUAAAGUUCAGCUUAUAAACAACCUGCACAUGUGAGUAGAUUGUUUCAGUUACAAAGUUAAGAAGUCUUAAAGCGAGAAAGCUAGGCUGUAAUGGCAAUUUAGAGUAAUCCUUACAUAUUAGGGUUUAGGCGGUUUGGCAGCAAGUGCUAGAAAGAAAUUGAGUUGUUCCUAUUAUAGUUAGGAUUUUAUGCUCCAUAUGACAGUGUGUUUCUGUGUGUGCCUGCUUGUCUGUCCCCUGCUGUUUCGUUGUCCCCAGUGGUCUGCAGCAUACAAGACGGCGCAGCAACAUUGCAUAGAAGUUUAUGGGGGAGCGUGAACAGCUGUUAAUUGGCUUAGUUAGAAUAAUAUGCAUGAACACCAAUUUUUGCUUUUUCCCACCAGAUACUGAUGAAAAGGAAAAUGUAUUUUGAUUUCAAAACCGCUUUAGGCUGUUAAUUUGUGACUCCUUUAUUUCAGAGUCAAAUAUUGAUGCAUGUUAACAAUCAAAGGAAACUUGAGUCUCUGUUAAUAAAGUUUAAAUACAAAGAAAACCCUGUUUUUAUAUAUCGGAAAAAAGUAGAAGAGGGAAAAAGUAGAAAAGAAAUUAAGGCGCACAAGGAAGAUGUGUAGGAGCGCACACACAUCUUCCUUGUGCAGCUUCACUUUUCUACUUUUACUUUCAAAUAGCUUAUGAGCAAUGCAUGCUGCUGCUAGUCAGCUGCGGAAAGCAUAGUUCUGGCACUAUUUUUUCCAGUUCUGGCGCUAUUUUUUCCACCCUAGAGUUUUAAGAAGCUUUAGAUUUGUACCUCAAUCUGAAAUUUGCAGCUGAAACGCUCUCUCUGUGUUGGUGCAGUAGGAUAUGCCUCUAGGAAGCGCCUUUGCUCUCACUCAGCUUCCGGAUAGACUGAUGGGUGCCUGUACAGAUGUCUUUUAAUGACCUGGUCAUGCAUCAGGUUUUGAUUUGAAUUGCUUCCUUAAAACAUGCUCUUCCUGUACAGGUACAGUAGAAGGAUGAUGGGGAAGAAAUGAUAAACCAUACACCUGUGUAAGGGCAAAACGGAGUGCCUGCAGAACUUCCCAUGGCUAAGCUGCCACAGUGUCUGAACAGCAGGCAGAUUUAUUUUUUUAAUAGUAAAAUGCUGCAAUCUUUCAUAGCUGCUCUCUUUCCUUUUUGGAUUUCUUCAU